AUGAACCUUGCGAGGUUCUUGACGGAGACCGUUCCCCAACCUGCGGAAGGGGAGACCGAUGCUCAGUCUCUGAGCGCGGUAGAGGCAUGGAAGCACUCGGACUUUAUAUGUCGAGGCUCUGUUCUCAACGGUCUCUCGGAUGCGUUGUAUAAUGUGUACUAUAAUAUCAAGACUUCCAAAGAUUUAUGGGAGUCCUUGGAUAAAAAGUACAAAACGGAGGAUGCGGGAACAAAGAAAUUUGUUGUCGCCCAUUUCUUGGACUUCAAGAUGGUUGAUAACAAGACUGUUAUGAACCAAGUCCAGGAGUUACAGAUUAUACUUCAUGACAUCCACGCUGAGGGUAUGGUACUCAGCGAGACGUUUCAAGUGGUAGCCAUGAUUGAGAAAUUACCUCCUGCUUGGUUGGAUUUUAAGAAUUAUCUUAAACACAAGCGGAAGGAAAUGACGAUUGAGGAACUUGUCAUCCGUCUUCGUAUAGAAGAGGACAACAGGGUGGCCCAAAAAGGCACCAUUUUGCAAGCUGCGGCUAAAGCGAACAUGGUGGAAGUUGGGGAGUCCUCAAAGGGCAAGAAGGGCAAGGGUAAGAAGGACAACAAAGGGAAAGCAAAGGUUAACAACCUUUGA